CCAGGAGGGAAGGCACUGGCUGGCAGUCCUAAUGGCGGAAAAUGUACGCUCGCCUUUCGACUACCGGGAGCCACCGACGCUCGACAGCGACGGGGACGGCAGCAAACCGCCACCGCCGCGGGGUCGCAUGUGCGGCAGAAAGCGUAAGGGGACGCCGGUGAAGGUAUGCGACCGAGCAUACGUCACGGAAGAUGAGGAGGAGAGCAUGUCUGAGCACAGCUACAGCCCUGGUGACGGCCAAUACCCAGAGGGCGCCGAGGAUGGCCUCCCUCCCCCUGGGAGUCCCUACUACCUGGCAGAUCCUGCUCAGCUCUGCGUGCCGGAGCUGGGCGAAGAAGGGGCAGGCGGCGUCCGGGGACCCGUGCUCUUUCACCCGCCGCCCAAUUGCAGGAUUCGCGAGGUGCACUGCGGGACUCAGGUGCGGCUGGUCGUCAUAGCGAUCCGAGACAUCGCCAAAGGGGAGGAGAUCACGGUGGACUACAGCCUGACGGACUGGGGCGAAAACGCCAUGGACGAGGAGGCCGGCCCCCACCCGCUGUCCCUCUCUGUUUCGGAUUACCUCACUCCCUCCUGGUCACUGUCGCCCUCAUCCUCGCCACUCACCCACUCCGAACCCAGCGAUUCAGACCGGGAGGAGGACGAGGAGGAGGAAGAGGAUGAUGAUGAUGAUGAGGAGGAAGAGGAAGAGGAAAUGGAGGCGAUGCGGGGCCGGAUGCUUCGCCGGCGCAAGAAGCGCAAUAUCCCCGCUGUGGUCAGCGCCAAGAAAAAGGGCACGCCCGCCUCCUCCCGUGGGCCGGGGCGCCCCUGCUCGUCCUUCUCGGCGCCCCCUGGCAGGUCUAACCCGCAGCCAGUCAGCGCCCUGGCCCCCCCGACCACCAACAUCAACAAUAACAUCAACAUAAACAUUGGCGGCUCCAGUGGCGCCCCGGUGAGCCGGCGCCAGCACUGUCUGUACUGCGGGCGCCACUAUCGGUCUUUGUCGCGCCACCUGGAGAAGCAUCACGCCAACCAGCCCGAGGUGCGCUCGGCCAUGGAGCUGGCGCACCUCCGCACGCACUCCAACGGCAAUCCCUCACCCGCCUCCGCGGCUCACGGUCAUUCCUUUGCGGUCCCGCAGCCUUCCGCCCCCGGACCGGCACCGCCACCCUCGCUCUUCGCCAGGGGGCGCGAAUCGCCGGGUACCCGCUCCGGCGCCGUUUCUUUCUCCCUCUCCCUGUCGCCGCCCGCUCAGAAGAAGGUGGGGUCCGGCUCGCCGUUGCCGACCGCCAAGCGCGUCGCCCCUCCGACGGCGCCCCGGGUAAAGAGCCCCGCACCUCCUCCGCCGUCUCCCCCGAGGAGAGGUCGCAGGAUGAAGAGGGAGAAGCUUGAAGAGCAGCAAAAGGUGGAGGUAGAGCGGGUCCAAGAGGAUCUUGCUCCACCUCCAACGCCGGAGCCGGACAUCGAUCUCGAAGAAGAUCUCGAUUUGAGUGCGGAUGGAGACGGCGACGCACCGGAGGAGAAGAACGGAGAGACCACCAGGUCACGCCGGCACCACAUGUCUCCACUGCUGUCGUCGCUGUCCUCGUUGGUGGUGUACCUCCGCCAGCAGCAGCACGCCGCCUUCCUGUCGCUGGGCCGCUCCCGCUCCGCCGAGGCCUGGCGCCAGCUCUGCCACGCCAGCCUCUCGCUGCUCAUCCUCUUCAACCGCCAGCGCGAGUGCGAGGUGGCCAAGCUUACCAUCCAGGACUACCGCAAGCGCGCCGCCCCGCAGGAGAGCUCCUGCGGCGGCUCCCCUUCCGGCACCGAGGCCCUCCUGUCGCCCUUUGAGCGCAGGGUCCUCUGCCACCUGCCGAGGGCCGGCGUCAUGGGAAAGCGCGGACGCGUCCAACCCCUCAUUCUGCCGCCCAACUGCGAGUCUUGCCUCGACCUUCUCCUUCAAACCAGCGCCGACGUGGGCGUGGACCCGGAGAGCCCCUACAUCUUCUCCCGCCCCUAUCAUUCCCCCGCGACCCCGCUCCGCGGCACGGACCUCCUCAGGAACCUGGCGCGGGCAAGCGGCGUCAAGAACCCCGGCGCGAUCACGGGGACGCGGGUCCGCCGGCAGGUGGCCAUUCUCACGCAGCUCCUGUUCCUGGAGGAGGGCCAGGCUCCGGGCUGCGCCACCAAGCGCCUGGAGAACUUCCUGGAGACCGAGUACCACGUGACGCAGAACUGCUCCUCCAUCGCACGGGACGCCGCCCUGAUGGGGCGGGUGGGGCGUGUGGUUCUGUACGGCGAGAAGGAGGGCGUGCUGUUCCGCGGGAUGAGCCUGCAGCACAUCUGUCUGGAGUUGGACGUGAUGUCCGGCAACUCUGUCGACUCCUUCUCAGAAGGCUCUGAGGCGGAGGACGUGAAGGAAGAGGUGCCGGAGAAGGUGGAGGUGAUCGUGAAGAAGAAAGGACCGGGCAGACCCCCGAAGAGGAAGAGGGCGCCGACUCCUUCGGCAGUCAGCCCGUCGGUCGCCAGCGCCCCGAAAAGGAGGUCACUCCCGCCCAAAUCAGGAAAACGCGGCGUGCUGAAGCGUCCCUGGUCAGAGGCGGAGCGCGUCGCCGUGGAAACGCACCUCAAGCGCAAUCUGGCCGAUCUGCGCGUGCCCGCCAAGGCAGACUGCGAGCGCUGCCUGGAGCUCUGCCCGCUGCUCGUCAGCAACCAGCGCGACUGGCGUGCCAUCAAAUUCUACGUGCACAACCGCAUACAGCUGCUGAAGAAGCAGGGCCGGCGGGAAAGUGCCGCCAUGGCCGCCGCUGCCACCGCCGCUGUCUGUUGAGCCGGGACGAAGGCGGUGGGUGAGGUAGGAACCACCAGCAAACCCUAUUUUGUGUAAUAUAAAGGUGCCCUACCCUGUUCCAUGGGCAUAAUAAUCAUACAUGGAGGAUGGAAGGACUUCAUUCCAGGUUAAAUGGCCUCAUUUGGGGAUCGGGGGGGGCGUUUAUCGUCACACUUUUCCUCUUUUACCAUCAGUGGCACCCUUUGUCACAUACACGAAAAAAAGCCAAAGAAAAAAAGUGGCAUUUGACUUUAGGGUAUUGGGGAGGGGGGGCAUGAAUCGUGCGGCGUGGACAAAUUGCACAUGUAGUAGCAUAACAUGGGAGCCAUUUGGAUGACCAAACAUGAAUGUGUAAAGCUCGUCGUUCGGGCCUUUUCAAAGCAGCGCUUCUCAAAAAGGGUCCCCGGGCACGCGGGGGUCCGUCAGGCGCAGCUUGAGGGGCCGCAAAAUUGCAAUUAAAUUGCCGUAUUGUUUAAAAAAAAGUGUAUUACCUACAUAUGGGGGAUCAGUGACAAAGUUUUGGUUUUUUUUACGAACAAACGUGUCUUUUUACAUAAUAAGAAAAAAGUAUUAUGAGAACAAAGCUGUAUUUAAUUCACUAGUUAAAAUAGGAAUUUAUGCUCUUGGUAAACUUAGACUUUUAAUAUCUCAUUAUGGCUACAUCUUUUUGCAGCUUUUCAGACUGACCAAGUUCCAUCUUUGUUGUAAAGAUUACGGCUUUUUUUUUUCCUGAAAAAAAACAAAAAACUUUUAUCACUUUAUUUUCAGUAUAAAACACAAAUUCCAAUUUUAUUUCUGUAAAAUAGACAACUUUUUGGACACAUUUCCACCCUGUAGGGGGCCCUGGACCUAUAAAGUUUGAGAACGUCUGCUGUAAAGCAGUGUUUCCCAACCUUUAUCAAGUAAGGUCACAUUUUGCACGAAGAUCUGACAGCACACCACCAAAUAAAAAACAUCACAUUGAGUAUAUAUUCUAAUAAUGACCAUUCAUAAUUCUGUUUUCUGAGUGGUUAAUUUAAUUUGGCUAAUUGUACCUUCUGAAGAGCAUUUCAAUUUUCUACCCAACACAAUAUGUUGCUGACAUAGGUGAACAAAGUCACAUUGUAAAUGAUAUUUUUUGGACCAAUUAAGUGAAAUUGGAUCAUUUCCCGCGGCACAUUGGUUGGGAAUCACUGCUUUAAAGGCCCGCACAUGGACUGCGUGUCUCAUUUUUGUGUACAGUGUGUGUUUAUGUAUUAUUAUUAUUAUUAUUAUUAAAAAAAAAACAAAAAAACUCUUUAACCAUGACACAAGUGUGACGUGGUGGUGGCAUACCUCUACAGAGGCUACUGAUAUUCAUCUGAAAAAUAUUGUAAUUAUUCUACAGUUGUGAUCUUUGUCUUCUGUACAUACUUCACUGUACAUACUAUCUGUAUUAAAGUCAAUGACUGUUUUUUUUUU